AUGACUCGAGAUAUCAGAAAAAGAGGGCGCAAUGCAGAAGAGGAAUCAAGUGAAUUUAUGCCAUUAAGUAAAAGAAUCAACAAUCUUCAUAUUAAUAGCUUAUCAAGUAUUCAAGAAAAUGUGACAGAAAAUAUGGAUACAGAUUGGAGCAAUAGAAAUUUUUUACCAUCACCAAAUUAUUCGGACCUGUCUCAAGGAUCACCACUGUACGAUGGAUGUAGUUCUAGCCAAAGCAGCUAUAUAGCUGAAUAUAAACCUGGUCUUGAUGCUACUGAAAAUCCUUUUUAUUAUGAAAGUAAUAAGUUACUAUUCUCUUUAUAUAUGGAACGUAUACAAAGAACAUCUGACUCGUUUUGA